CUUAUCUCAAUUCUGUGCUUAGAUGCAAUAACAUAGUAAUGUCAUAGCUAGUAAUUAAACUCUGUUUCUCAAGAAAUUACUCAAAGCAUCAUGUAUUUUGAUUUAGCCGUUGAUAUGUGGAAUGAUCUUGCUAAAAGAUUCAAUGAAGGCAAUGGUCCUAGAAUCUUUCAGUUACAAACUUAGCUCACCCAAUUACAACAAGGUAAUCAAUCAGUUUCUUCCUACUUUACUAAGAUGAAAUCCCUUUGGGAUGAGUUGAAAGAAUUUCAACCAACCACUACUUGCACUUGUGAUGCAAUGAAGAUUUUUUUAGAUUACUAUAACCAAAAUCAAGUUCUCCAAUUCUUGACUGGCCUUAAUGAAUCCUUUUCUUCUGUUAGAGCACAAAUCUUGCUCAAUGAAGCAAUCCCCAAUCUUUCUCGGGUGUUUGCCAUGAUCAUACAAGAGGAAUGUCAAAGAUCUCUUGGCUCAGCUGACACGAUUCCACUGGCUACUGCUACCAAUUCUCAACCUACUAAUCCACCACGAGCCAAGAAACCCCGUCCCUCAUGUUCCAAGUGUGAUAAACCAGGGCAUUUAGUUGAGAAAUGUUAUUUCUUACAUGGGUUUCCCUUGGCUAUGGGGACAAAAAGAGACAAUAUAAAGGGAAAGCAAAUGCUAAUCAUGCCAGUACUUCCAAGAAUGAUGCAUGGACACUCACUCUCAUCUGAUCUAUCCCAACAAUGCCAGCAUUUGAUCUCCUUUCUCAGUCAGCAACUCGGCAACAAUCCUCAUGAUUAUAUGGCUGCAAUGGCUCCUACUGCCUCCAAUCUUGCAGGAUCUUUCUCAGAAUGUGGUGAUUUAUACUGCUGAAAAAUGUGGAAAGCUAUACUUGCUGCAACAAGACACACCUGUAGCCAAUGCUAUUUCAUUUCAGUUUGAUAAUAAAUAUGUGCAAGCCCAUAAGCCUUUGGGUAAGCAGGGGAGCAUUUUGGGAGCAUUUUUCUGAGUCAUGGAGCCUUUAUGCUAGUGAUGGGAGCAUCCGUGCAAGCUGAAGCAUCCAUUCGAUCCGUGGUAGAGCAUCCAUGCGAGCCAUGGUAACGUCUAUGCAAGGGGCUUGCAUGCGAGGCUAUGAGGCUACAAGGUGGCAAGAUAAGGGCUCGCAUGCGAGCGUGCAUAUGUGCGGGUGUGACGCAGCAAAGUAACACGGCAGACAAAGGUACGAAGCGCAAGGCCAGCUCCUACACUUGUGACGUGUAGCCUGAAAGCGACAUAGUCCCUUUUAGGGCCACAUUGUACCUCAGGCCAUUAGAGCCUAUACCCAUUUCUUAGAUGUGAGAAGGGGUUGGAAAAUCAUUCUUGCAACUUAACCUUGAUAGCAAUAGAAAAUUUAUCAUUUACUCGCAAUUUUCAAAUAGCAAUUUGAAUCCAUAUUCCAUCUUUCUUUUCAUCUUAGAUCUGUGCUUGAAGCAUAGUUUGACUUCCUAGCUAAUAAGUUAGUUGACGAGUUCUCACCGUCAAUAGUUUGGCACCGUCUCUGGGAACUAAAGCUUAAGCCAAGUCGUUUAUUUACACACAACAGAUACAAAAUGCCUAGACACUCUCAUCACCUUCAAAAUGUAGAGGUUUGCUCUGACAAUAAGCAGUUGAUCACUUCAGGGCGAGACCUCCCUUUGCCCGUCGUUAGAGAAGAAGGUGCUAAUGGUCACAAACCUCAAGUAGGAGGGAUAAAAUGUGAAUGUUAUCAGACCUCAAGUAGGAGAAGAGGGCACGAGCGGGUGGGGAUCUCAAACAAGGAGAGGAAAUUAUUAUAGUGAAGAGAUCCCAAUGGACAAGAAACACAACAGAAUAACUUCCUCCAUUUUAACUGAAGGUAAUGGUAUGACACAAAGAGAGGAGGCCCCAUCGUCACGAAGGCACCCUCCAACACCAACACUGCGAGAUCUCGGUACCUUGCAAUAUCGCCCUCAAAAGGAGAACUAAGCUAACUCUGUGAGCCAUAAAUUGUGAACUUGCCACUAUGAAUACGAAAUAAAUGAUUUCUGCUUGAAGAACCAAAGGCUGGAAACUACGGUGGCCAACAUGAAAAAAGUAUUGAGCACCAUUCUCAAAGGAAAAACUCAAACUUUGCACUUUCUAUACAAAGCUCACCAGCAAGAGUGCGAGAUAUCAACCGUAUAUGGUGAUGGGGGGAAGUCCAUGUCAUCAACGGAUGGUACCCCAAAGGAUGAGAGCGUAAAGGGCCUAUCGUAAGAUAAGAACCCAAGAGGUUACUCACACCAACAUGAAUCUAUCUGUCGGGGUAAGACUGCAAUGAGGAAAAUAUCAUGUGGUCUUAUGAAGGGACUUUAGCCAACGAAUCUCAUGCUAGGGGACACCGCGCUUGCACCCCCUUUUCAAGAGCAAAGGAAGCGAAAGGCGUCACCCCUCAACCAUGGUGGAGAGCCUUACGAUGAUGGGAUGGAGGAGUACUACUCACAGGCUCCAUGCGAAUUGAAAGGAAAACCCAAGUUUCGCUCACCAACUCCCAAGAAAGGAUGAACAAGAGAAUGAAAGAGCUUGAAGUAGAGAUGCAGGAUCUUCAUCAAAAAGAUGGCUACCGCAUUAAAGGGAAAUUCGAAGGAUGAUGAGUUCGAUGAAGAAUCCCCUUUCUCAAGGGAAAUUCAAAUGGAACCACUUCCACCUAAUUUCAAGGAGCCUUGGAUGACGCCAUAUGAUGGUACAACUGAUCCAAGAUAUCAUAUAGGAGCUUUAACGAGCCAAUGAAGAUGAAAAAGGUGUCAUGCAAGGUAAGGUUCAAUUUACAAACAUGAUUUGGAAACUGAGCAUCCACAACACCAGGUGGAUAUUUCAUAUAGAUCUCCAUUAAUAGGUCCCCAUUUAGGAAGGAAUUAUUGACAUCAAGUUGCCUAAUAUCCCACCCCUUGGUAAAGGAAAUGGUAAGAACCAUUAGAAUUGUAAUAGGCUUAACCACUGGAAAAAAAGUUUAAGAGAAGUCAAAUCCUACUUGUUGGUGAAAACCUUUAGUAACAAGUCUAGCUUUGUACUUGUCUAGAGUUCCAUCAGCAUUGUGUUUCUCUCUAAAAACCCAUUUGCAGCCUAUGGCAAUUCUAUUGGGUGGUAAUUUGACCAAGGUCCAAGUAUUGUUUCUCUUUAAGGCAGUGUUCUCAACCUACAUUGAAGAGUUCCAGUGUUGCAUUUGUAGAGUAGCUUUAACUAUUUUAGAUUCACAAGAAGCUAAAAAGGCCUUAGGUUUUCUUAUUCUUGCUUUAAGCCUUGUAAUCAUAGGAUGAGAAUAGAUCACUGAUGGUUGAGCACCUGUAACUGUGGUGGAUACAGUCGAGGCAGUUGGCAGAGGAAUAGAGCCCAAAAAUAUAGGCACAUUGGUAACUUUAGACAAAGGGGGCAUAUUAGAUGAGUAUUGAACAAAAACAUUGACAAGGGAAAACUCAGGAGUAGGCAAAGCAGACAAAGUAUAGACGUGUGGGGAGGAAUAUGUUGCACUAUAGAUGGGGAGGAGUGACCAAAACUUUGUCCAGUAGGAACUAAAGCAUGAGGAGAACCGGGUGUGGAAGGAGUAGGAGGACCAGUAGGUGGUGCUUGAGGCAUGCUUCUGAGAGGCAGCAAAGGGAAAACUCUUUUAUAAAAAAUAACAUCUCUAGAAAUGUAAAGCAUUUUAUUCUUAGAGAGACCUUUAUAUCCUUUACGGGACAAACUUUACCUAAGGAAAACACAUGGGGUAAACCUGUAUUGGAGAUUGGUUUCAUUAUGCGGCUUAAGAUUGGGAUAACACAAGCAACAAAACACUUUGAGCUCAUUAUUAUUAGGAACAUUGUGAAUUAAUAUUUCUAAGGGAGAGAUGUUAUUGAUAGUAAUAAUAGGCAUUCUAUUGAAAAGAUAGGUCGUUGUCUUAAAGGCCUCAUCCCAAAAAUUUAAUGGUAAGGAUACUUGGGCAAGUAGAGUAAACCCUGUUUCAACAAUGUUUCUAUGUUUUCUUUUUACAAUCCCAUUUCGUUCAUGUGUAUGUGGACAAGCUAGCCUAUGAACAAUCCCACUUUAAUCUAGCAAAUCUGUAAAUGCUCUAUACUCUCUACCUCAAUCAGAUUGUAAGGUUUUUAUCUUAAAAUAUAAUUGCAAUUCCAAUUGGGUUUUGAUCUAGGUAAAAGUUGGUAAGGCCUCACUCUUGGUUCUAAGCAUAUAUAUAUUUCCAUGUGUACCUAGAAUAGACAUCUACAAAAAUGAUAUAAUAUAUGUAACCAUUGGAAGAGUUAGUGGGAGAAGAACCCAAAAAAUCAGAGUGUAAUAGCUCCAAUGGUUCAUGAAAAGUAGUGGUGGCAAAUGGAAAAGAUAAUUUGUGACAUUUACCAAGAAAACAUGCAUUUCAAAAGUAUGAACAAGUUUUAUAUAGACCUAAUUACAGAAUUGAGAGCCCUUUUCACAAUUCAUGUAGUAGGGUGGCCAAGCUAAGUGUUCCAUAUGGAAAAAGUAAAAGUUCGUAUAGACAAUUGAUGAGUAAAGUAUUGAGGACUUGACUAAGAUGAACUCAUAUGUGAAGCAUCAAAAGAGAAAAGAUGACUGAGUUUAGUGGGUGGAAAUUUUUAAAGGCCUUUAUCAAGAUUCCCAGCUAAUACGAUCUUUUUGGUUUCUUGACCGUUAACAAAGAAAGUAAAAGGGUGAAACACUAGAUAGACAUUGUUAUCUUGGGAAAAUUGAGAGACACUACGCAAGUUUUUUGUGAUGGAAGGAACUUGAAGUAAAUUGUUUAGCUUCAAAGUUUCAGGGAAAAAAUGUGAGAGUAAAGACAGGAUACCAAUGUGUUCUAUAUUACCACUUUCCAUGUGGAUUUACUUUUGUAAAGUAUAAUAACUACUCAAACUAGGAUUGGAACCAUGAAGAGUAAGGUGGUGAGUAGCAGCAGAAUCAAGGUACCAACUAUCAUUUGUAAUAGUUUCUUGGGAGACAUAGAAUGCUUGCAUCUCAACAAGAUUCACAACUGCAUUAAACCAACCAAAAGAUUUAGGACUUGUAGAAGAUUUGUCAAACCUAUAAAAACAUUGUUUAAUUGUGUGCCCCAAUUUUUGACAAAAUUAUUAUUGGGGUUUCAGAGACCAAGAAGAAGAUUGACCUCUACCAAAAGUGUUUGGACUAGAUCUAGAAGCAUUACGAGGAGCUGCCACGACCAAUAUUGAAGUUUCCUAUAGACAUAGAGUUCAUGAAGAAACUUGGAUAUUAAGGUUGAAAAAUAGGACAUGUGUUAGCAGCAAAGAGAAUCUGAGAACUAGAAUACAAAUUACACAUAUAAAAGUGAGAUUGAGGGGGAUUUUCAGUGAGAAAGAUUAGCUUCUCCAUUGCUAAUGUUAAGAGACUUGGCAUUCUUCUCCAUUCGAAUAGAUUUAGCCAUGAGAAGAGCUUCCAUCUCUUCAACGGUUUAGGUAUCCUUCUUGGAAGUGACUAAUGUAGCAAAAAGAUCGUAUUCAUCACAUAUAAGAAUAGCAUAUACAUUUGAUUUAUAAAGUUUAAAAUAUAUUAGAUUUUUUAAGUUACUAUCUUUUUACAUUAAAAUAUUAAUUUAUAUAUGUAAUUUAAAAUAUAUCUAAAUAUGCAGAUUGGAUUUGAUUAGUUUCUUUUAUAUGUCAAUCAACAUUCAAUCUGCACAAAUACAAAUUUUUGAUUUUUCGAUCCAAUCUGCACAAUUACAGAUAUUCCCACUUUGUGGAUUGGAUUGAGUAUUUUAUGAGCACUCCUAAAUUAAAAAGAUAUCAUUCUUACAAAUUUAA